AUGCGUACAGGUCGUUUAACAGAUAAGAUUAUGAAUGGGCGGAUGGCCCAUGUGAUAGAAGCAAAAAGACAUGCAUUUAAUACAAUAAUAGCAAAGGAUAUACAAAUACAGAACAUACCAGCACCCGAGCAAGUUCCUAUUUCUACGCUUGCCCAUGGAUUAGAUCGAGUACUAUUCAAUCCAGGUGUACACUAUCUCCAAGAUCCAAGAUCACGUGUCUUCAACUUUGAUCCGUUUCUAAGGGAUAUCUGCCCCCCACGAGAAUUUGAUUUUGAUGCUCUUGGCAUCCCAUAUAUUCUCCCGUCAAAAGAUAAGAAUCUACAAGACUUGGCAAAGAAGACCAGUUCAAAAUAUUGUGGAUCAACCUCAUCGAUGACUGGGGUGUUGUCACAUGUAUAUUUCUUGAUAUCAUCGUGGAAGCCGGUUAAUAUUUCGACGUUGUCUUCAGCAUUUGCAAAAGAGUCUGUUUCCUACACAUCAACAGCCAAAUCACCGACAACUAUAUUUCUACGACAUCGGGAUGGCAUUUACUCUGUUGAAGUUGACAAAAGCCUGGACGUUGAGAAUAUUUUAAAAGAUUUUGGUAGGGAGCUAGAAUUUUUCUAUACAGUUCCACCUGGGGUGUUCAAUCAAUAUCGAAAAGCAAACGAUCUUCUUUUAAGAGCGCAGAUCGAUUGUCAUGACCCGAGAUUACCAAAUAAGACGUUUGAUAUCAAGACACGUGCAGCAAUAGCUGUCCGCAUGGACUUUGGAAACUACCAGUUAAACGCAGGCUAUCAAAUAAAGACUUCCCAUGGAUUGUACGAGUCUUUCGAACGAGAAUAUUAUGACAUGAUGCGUUCAGCUUUCUUGAAAUAUAGCCUUCAAGUGAGAAUAGGCCAGAUGGAUGGAGUUUUUGUUGCGUUCCAUAAUACGGCAAGAACAUUUGGAUUUCAAUAUAUACCAUUGGAGGAAAUGGAUAGAUGUUUAUUUGGGAAUUCAUCCAUGGGAGAACAAUCUUUUCUCAUUUCUUUGAAGCUACUUAAUGAAAUAUUCGACACGGCUACAAAUAAGUUUCCUAACAAGACACUCCGCAUGACAUUUGAAAACAAUCGUAAGGCACCGCUGAUGAGCGUCUACAUUGAAGUUUGCGAAGACGAUCCCCAAGCCGAGCAAGCAACCCCUCUACCGCCUGGUCCCGACACUAUAGCGAAAUAUCAUGUUGGAUGCUACUCGAUAAUCAACCAUAUGCCAACGUUUAAUCCGGUUAACUUGCGUAAAAGUGAUCAUUGGAGGUUGAGAUAUUAUAUAUCACGACGUGAAAUGAUACCUACGCUAAUUAAAAACGAAAUGAAAAGGGCAGCAGUCAAACAACUCAAGGCAUGGGGAGCAUUGAAAGAAACUCAAGGCGAGGAGCCUGAUCUAGAUCAUUUCCAGAAAAUUCUAAGGAAAAUGAGCGAAAAAGGAUUUAGAGAAAUGGCGCGUGAGGUGGAUAAGGAUCAUAUUCUUUGGGUACCAAUGGGGAAUACUGGUAAUGGGCAGAGUAAUAUGUACAAUAGAGAUGAAACAAAAUAG